CACCCCAGUCCUCCCCCCCCCCAAAAUGAGGAAACGGAGCAACUUGCUCCAAGUUGUGCAGCCGAGGCCGCCUCGGGGUGCGCAGCCGGCGCGCGGGGGCCCUCCUGGGGGCGAGCGCGGGGCGCGGCCCGGGGGCGCCCCCUGAGCAGGUGAGGCCUCGCUUCCUCCGCGCCGGGCACCCCCACCCUCCCAGGCAGGAUGCCGACGAGGCGCUGGGCCCCGGGCACCCAAUGCAUCACCAAGUGUGAGCACACGCGCCCCAAGCCGGGAGAGCUGGCCUUCCGCAAGGGCGAUGUGGUCACCAUCUUGGAGGCCUGCGAGAGCAAGAGCUGGUACCGGGCCAAGCACCACGCCAGCGGGCAGGAGGGGCUGCUGGCGGCCGGCGCGCUGCGGGAGCGCGAGGCCCUGUCCGCGGACCCCAAGCUCAGCCUCAUGCCGUGGUUCCACGGGAAGAUCUCGGGCCAGGAGGCCGUGCAGCAGCUGCAGCCGCCCGAGGACGGGCUGUUCCUGGUGCGCGAGUCCGUGCGGCACCCCGGCGACUACGUGCUGUGCGUGAGCUUCGGCCGCGACGUCAUCCACUACCGCGUGCUGCACCGCGACGGCCACCUGACCAUCGACGAGGCCGCCUGCUUCUGCAACCUCAUGGAUAUGGUGGAGCAUUACAGCAAAGACAAGGGGGCCAUCUGCACGCGGCUCGUGAAACCCAGGAGGAAACAGGGCACCAGGUCGGCGGAGGAGGAGCUGGCCAAGGCCGGCUGGUUGCUGAACCUGCAGCAUCUGACGCUGGGAGCACAGAUCGGCGAGGGCGAGUUUGGAGCCGUCCUGCAGGGCGAGUACCUGGGCCAGAAGGUGGCCGUGAAGAACAUCAAGUGUGACGUGACGGCCCAGGCCUUCCUGGACGAGACGGCGGUCAUGACGAAGAUGCAGCACAAGAACCUGGUGCGGCUCCUGGGCGUGAUCCUGCACCAGGGGCUCUACAUCGUCAUGGAGCACGUGAGCAAGGGCAACCUGGUGAACUUCCUACGGACGCGGGGCCGGGCCCUCGUGAACACCCCUCAGCUCCUGCAGUUCUCCCUGCACGUGGCCGAGGGCAUGGAAUACCUGGAGAGCAAGAAGCUGGUGCACCGAGACCUCGCCGCCCGCAACAUCCUCGUUUCCGAGGACCUGGUGGCCAAAGUCAGCGACUUCGGCCUGGCCAAGGCCGAGCGGAAGGGGCUGGAUUCCAGCCGGCUGCCGGUCAAGUGGACAGCGCCCGAGGCUCUCAAACACGGGAAGUUCUCCAGCAAGUCGGACGUGUGGAGUUUCGGGGUGCUGCUGUGGGAGGUCUUCUCGUAUGGCCGGGCCCCAUACCCCAAGAUGUCGCUGAAGGAGGUGUCGGAGGCCGUGGAGAAGGGGUACCGCAUGGAGCCCCCCGAGGGCUGCCCGGGCCCCGUCCACGCCCUCAUGGGCAGCUGCUGGGAGGCCGAGCCCGCCCGCCGGCCGCCCUUCCGCAAACUCGCCGAGAAGCUGGCCCGGGAGCUGCGCAGCGCGGGCGCCUCGGCCCCCACGGGGGGACAGGACGCGGACGGUUCCACCUCACCCCGAGACCAGGAGCCCUGACUCUGCCCAGCCCCAGACGACCCAGAGAGUGGGGGGCACGGCUGGGUGCAGGCCAGGCCCAAGGAGGGUCACGGCUGGCGAGCUGCCCCCCGGCUCACGGCGCAGAGGCCGACCAGCGUGGGGGCUCCGGGCAGCCCGUGGACCCCAGAGCCGGGAGGCGAAGGAUCAGCACCUCGAUAAAGACUGGUUCCGAGGACUGUGGGUGUCUGAGUCUGUCUGUGCCCCCUGGCGUCUUCUACACCGGGCCCCCCCAUCACUCAGCCCUGGGCGACCCGCCUGCUGGGUCAUCUGCCCACCGAGGGGUCCACCCAGCGGGGACCUUGCAGCCACCGUGGGGACACAGCUCCCCGGGGACGGAGCCACGAGACCCUCUGGGCCAGAGAGCACAGCCACCGUGGACCCUCUCGCCAUCACCCCCGGGUCCCCCACCUCGGUCCCCCUGUGGGUGCCGAAUUCAGCGGUGAGGACACUGCCCCGACCCUGGGGACUGUGGGAGAGUGCCAGCGGCCGCGGGGGUCCGUGUCCCCGAGGGUCCGCCGCUGCAGCAUCAGCACUGCCUGGGGAUGCCCCGUGCGGCCACCCGCGCGUCCUCCAGCUGUCACAGCCCAGCAGCCAG